AGACAAUUAUCUUCAAUACCCAAAUCAUUAAAACUAACUAGAAUGCUGUACUGCAAGUGUUCAAAGUGGAGCAAUUACCUUAAGGGAAACUCUCAAGUAAAUCUUAACAUUUAACAACAACAACAACACAAACAGUAAUAAUAUUUCACCAAUCAUUUUUAAAAAGCAUACCCCCUUUCUAUAUCUCACCUAAUCUUUAAAAUUAUGCCUCUUCAAUACUAUUUUAAUGUUUAGUGUUAAAGAUAUGAAUUAAAAAUUUAAAAUCUGAAGAGAACAAUCCAUAUGAUACAAUCCUCGCAUUUCACAAAAUGUUUUCCUUUUAAGCAGUUGCAGAAGAGUUAAAUAAACGUAGCACACAUUCUCAAUUCGAUAAAACACUCAGAGAACCCGACAUUUUAUGUACCCAAAAGGUCCAAACAGAACUGAUGCAAAUGUCAAUAGCUCUCUCUCUUCCGGCUGAUACUUAAAUGGUUUUACUAGUACCCAAAGGAAUGAAAUCAGCAACUCUCUCCACACUCUAGUCAACACUCCAAUUUUCAAAGCCUCAAUUCGCAAACGCCAGUUUGGAAGGGGAGCAGUGGGGGUCUUGAAGGAAUAAAAAAAUUCCUUUUCUCCUCUGACAGUCUACCAAAAGAUGUCAAACCAAAUUCAGCCUAUAGUAAAGCACUGGGACCUCUCUUCCAAGGACACGGGACACAAGCAUAGACACCGCUGCAAAAGGCUGUCCAAAAGCGCCUGACCCGAGAGAAACGUAAGGGGCCCAGAUAAGAACGAAUUAGAACCCUCAAAAGGGCCCCGCAGACAGCGGAAAUGAAGGUGGCGUUUACAGGGGUAGACAGCAACGAACCAAAGAAAGUUGCCCCAGCCGGACGCUUGGGCCUUUCUUUAUCCAAGUUUAAGCUCAAGGCAGAUAUAUUUGUGGGGGUCCUUUCCCCUACAGACAUCUCAGCCGCCUCCGGGACCCACUGUCACUCAAGGGGAAGACCCUCCAGCUUCACACCCGUUCCUUUCGCCCCCGGACAAAGGCAGAAGAGGCUGUCGAGCUGACCUAGCUGUGUGGGGCAGCAAGAUGCCUAGUUCGGGCAACCCAUCCUUUGGCCUGGCUUCAUCUGCGAUGUCAGCACCAAUGUAUUUUUUAUUUUUACAACGCGCCCUGGGCGGGUGUAUGCACCGCGGGGGGAUUUGAACAGAGGAGAGGAGGGGUUGGUAGUGGAACCCAGAACCCUCCUUGCUCUCCCCUUCUGCCAGGGCUGCUGUGCAGGGAGUGUCGGCCACGUCUGGCGCACUGUCCCAGGCCCCGGACGAAGGCGGCCAGGGGAAAUGGGGCUUUGGAAUUGCUAAACCAACGGCACCAUUUCAUUGGUGGUCUCCAGCGCCUGCGGAGCGGGCUGUUUCCCCUCCCAAGGCGGCGGCGGCGGAGCGGCGGAGCCCCCCAAAUGGCCUGGCCAGAUGCGGCAGGUUUGCUGCUCAGCGCUGUCGCCGCCGCCACUGGAGAAGGCUCCGUGCAGCAGCUACAGCGACAGCAGCAGCAGCAGCAGCAGCAGCAGCAGCAGCGAGAGGAGCAGCAGCAGCAGCGAGAGCAGCAGCAGCAGGAGCAGCAGCAGCAGCAUCUCCCGUCCCGCUGCGCCCCCAGAGCCGCGGCCGCCGCAACAGCCGCAGCCCCGCAGCCCCGCAGCCCGGAGAGCCGCCGCCCGCUCGCGAGCCGCAGCCGCCGGCGGCAUGAGGCGCGACCCGGCCCCCGGCUUCUCCAUGCUGCUCUUCGGUGUGUCGCUCGCCUGCUACUCGCCUAGCCUCAAGUCGGUGCAGGACCAGGCGUACAAGGCACCCGUGGUGGUGGAGGGCAAGGUACAGGGGCUGGCCCCAGCCGGCGGCUCCAGCUCCAACAGCACCCGCGAGCCGCCCGCCUCGGGUCGGGUGGCGCUGGUGAAGGUGCUGGACAAGUGGCCGCUCCGGAGCGGGGGGCUGCAGCGCGAGCAGGUGAUCAGCGUGGGCUCCUGCGCGCCGCUUGAAAGGAACCAGCGCUACAUCUUUUUCCUGGAACCCACGGAGCAGCCCUUAGUCUUUAAGACGGCCUUUGCACCCCUCGAUACCAACGGCAAAAACCUCAAGAAAGAGGUGGGCAAGAUCCUGUGCACUGACUGCGCCACCCGGCCCAAGCUAAAGAAGAUGAAGAGCCAGACGGGACAAGUGGGUGAGAAACAAUCGCUGAAGUGCGAGGCAGCUGCUGGGAACCCCCAGCCCUCCUACCGCUGGUUCAAGGAUGGCAAGGAACUCAACCGCAGCCGUGACAUCCGCAUCAAGUAUGGCAACGGCAGAAAGAACUCACGACUACAGUUCAACAAGGUGAAGGUGGAGGAUGCUGGGGAAUAUGUCUGCGAGGCGGAGAACAUCCUGGGGAAGGACACAGUCCGGGGCCGGCUCCACGUCAACAGCGUGAGCACCACUCUGUCCUCCUGGUCGGGGCAUGCCCGGAAGUGCAACGAGACAGCCAAGUCCUAUUGUGUCAAUGGAGGCGUCUGCUACUACAUCGAGGGCAUCAACCAACUCUCCUGCAAAUGUCCAAACGGAUUCUUCGGACAGAGAUGUUUGGAGAAACUGCCUUUGCGAUUGUACAUGCCAGAUCCUAAGCAAAAAGCCGAGGAGCUGUACCAGAAGAGGGUCCUGACUAUCACCGGUAUCUGCGUGGCUUUGCUGGUCGUGGGCAUCGUCUGCGUGGUCGCCUACUGCAAGACCAAAAAACAGCGGAAGCAGAUGCACAAUCACCUCCGGCAGAACAUGUGCCCAGCCCACCAGAACCGGAGCUUGGCCAACGGGCCCAGCCACCCCCGGCUGGACCCUGAGGAGAUCCAGAUGGCAGAUUACAUCUCCAAGAACGUACCAGCCACAGACCAUGUCAUCCGGAGGGAAACUGAGACCACCUUCUCCGGGAGCCACUCCUGUUCUCCUUCUCACCACUGCUCCACAGCCACACCCACCUCCAGCCACAGGCAUGAGAGCCACACGUGGAGCCUGGAACGUUCUGAGAGCCUGACCUCUGACUCCCAGUCAGGCAUCAUGCUGUCAUCAGUGGGCACCAGCAAGUGCAACAGCCCAGCGUGCGUGGAGGCCCGGGCGCGGCGGGCGGCAGCCUAUACCCUGGAGGAGCGGCGCAGGGCUGCCGUGCCCCCUUACCAUGACUCCAUAGACUCCCUGCGUGAUUCCCCACACAGCGAGAGGUACGUGUCGGCCCUGACCACGCCCGCGCGCCUCUCUCCCGUGGACUUCCACUACUCGCUAGCCACGCAGGUGCCGACUUUCGAGAUCACGUCCCCCAACUCGGCGCACGCCGUGUCGCUGCCGCCCGCCGCGCCCAUCAACUACCGCCUGGCGGAGCAGCAGCCGCUCCUGCGGCACCCGACUCCCCCCGGCCCCGGGCCUGGAUGCGGGCCCAGCGCCGACAUGCAGCGCAGCUACGACAGCUACUACUACCCCGCAGCGGGGCCGGGGCCGCGACGCGGGGCCUGCGCGCUCGGCGGCAGCCUGGGCAGCCUGCCCGCCAGCCCCUUCCGCAUCCCCGAGGACGACGAGUACGAGACCACGCAGGAGUGCGCGCCCCCGCCGCCGCCGCGGCCGCGCGCCCGCGGCGCGUCCCGCAGGACGUCAGCGGGGCCCCGGCGCUGGCGCCGCUCGCGCCUCAACGGGCUGGCGGCGCAGCGCGCACGCGCGGCGCGGGACUCGCUGUCGCUGAGCAGCGGCUCAGGAGGGGGCUCGGCUUCGGCCUCCGACGACGACGCGGACGACGCGGACGGGGCGCUGGCGGCCGAGAGCACACCUUUCCUCGGCCUGCGCGCGGCGCACGACGCGCUGCGCUCGGACUCGCCGCCGCUGUGCCCGGCGGCCGACAGCAGGACUUACUACUCCCUGGACAGCCACAGCACGCGGGCCAGCAGCAGACACAGCCGCGGGCCGCCCCCGCGGGCCACGCAGGACUCGGCGCCGCUCUAGGGGCCCCGGCGCCCCGCCGCUCGCCCGCCCCACUGUCUUUCGGGAGAACAGAGACCACCGACUGGAGAGAGAAAGGAGGGAAAAAAGAAAUAAAAAUAUUUUUAUUUUCUAUAAAAGGAAAAAGGUAUAACAAAAUGUUUUAUUUUCAUUUUAGCAAAAAUUGUCUUAUAAUACUAGCUAACGGCAAAGACGUUUUUAUAGGGAAACUAUUUAUAUGUAACAUCCUGAUUUACAGCUUCGGGAAAAAAAAAGAAACAACAAAAAAAAAAGAGAGAUGGGCCAAUUUUUUGACUCUUUAAUAGAAACCUAUAUUGUGGUGCCUUUUGCUGUACGCUAAUCUGGAGCUCCUGGAGAGAA